CAACUAACUUCACUUUGAUUCUGUUAAACGCACAUUUUAUAAGUACACCAAAAAUCUGAUGACAGAAAUCAGUAAAGUCACGUAAUUUGCAAUUAAAACACUUUGUCAUUUGCGAAUAUUUAUUUAUUAUAAUAUUUAAAAAACAUGUCGUUUUUUAAAGAUUUUAUUGACAAUUUAUUUGGUAUUAAAAACAACAACAGAGAUAAUUCUAAUCAAGGAAAUGAUCAUGAACACUUUAGAAAUCCAAUUUGGCAAAAUGACCAAGGAGAUGAUGAUGAUGAUAACACAGAUGACUACAGGAGUAAUCACUUUGUUCAUUCUGGUCCAGGAAUUCACUUUGAAGUAUUUACCGAUCCAAUCGAAAUUACUCGUUUUUUCGAAUCAGAAAUGGAAAAUUUGAUGAAAAGUUUUUUUUCAUUUGGUUUGGAUAUUCCAGCAAUUGAAAAUAUUCCAUCAGCUUAUGAAAAUACACAAUCUUCUGGUAUUGGUAAAAAAAAUCUUAGAGAUGAAGUAUUAAAACCUGAAUUUUCACGUAACUAUGACUUUAAUCGUCCAAAAAUUGAUGAAGAUCUUGAUGGAAAAAUAAAAGCUGGUGAGUUAUCAACAGCUUGGAAUAAUUCUAAAGAUCCUGAAUCACAAGAAGUGCUCCCUCAUAUUUUUUUAUCAACUAGUCAAUCAACUGUUUAUAAAUUUACAAAACAUCUUGAUGGUACAGUUGAAGAAACAAAAAUAACAACUGACAGUUCUGGUAAUACUGAACAAAUAAUAAAAAGAAAAACUGGUGAUAAUAAAAUUCAUACAGUUAUUAUGAAAAAAGAUAACAAAGGAAUUGAAACUGAAACAGCAACAUUUGAAAAUAUGGUUGAAAGUAAGAAUGAGGCAAUUGAGCGAGCUGAAUCAAGUUCAUCAUCUUUUCCCUGGCACAAAUUUUUUGGUGAUAUUCCAAAAAUAUAAUUAACAAACAGCUAGUAAAAAAAAAUGUUGAAUAAUAAUAAUAAUAAUAAAAUUACAACAAUGAUUUCAACUUUAAAUUAAUUUUAUUAUUAUUGUAUAUAUGCUUUGUACAAAUAUAUAACUAAUAAAUGUUUAAAUUAAGAAAAAAAAAAUUGAAAC